AUGGGUCAGCAAGCGAGCUGCUGCCAAGAAGAAGAACUGGAUGGGCCAAAGGAAGUGAUCCAGCCGGAGGUCGUCUCCCACAGGUACGAAGGCAAAGAUGACGAAGACGGCGGAGCGAAGGAACAAGAGGUGCGUCCGACGGGAAGCCAGACGCAUGAAGGUGGCCACAUGCUGAUGAAGCCAAUGUCGGGGACGAGCCGACUGGAGAAUAUGAAACACUUAGAGGUGGACACCGAAAUCAUCCGUGGCAUUUCGCUGCGAAGAACUCUUCAGAGCUUCGGACGCCUUUGGCGAUGGUCUCCGCUGGACUUGCAAGAGGAAGCACGGCAGACUUUGUGGACCAAGUCGAAGCGUGUGGCUGGCUUCGACAUCUUCCUGUCCCACACAUGGAUGACCCCGGGAUGGCGUAAGGUGCUGACCCUGACCCUCCGAUCGGGCUGGCACGUGGCCCUCUGCUUUUGGGCUCUUGGAGCCUUGUUGGCCAUCAUACUCUCCGUGAUGGAUAUCCUGCCCAUGCCAGGCACCAUGGAGAUCGAACUACCAGGCUUUGAGCAGUCUUUCGUCCCUGUUGGCAUUUGGGCAACUCUGCUGCAUCCGCGAAACACGGGCCUAGGCUUGUAG